UGUAUUAAACAUUACAACUGACUGACAGACAGACAGACAGACAGACAGCUGAUACCAAAAACCAAAAUAUGCCACAUAUGGACACACCAUCUGCCGCUGCGUCGAUGGCCAACAAUGACAUGUCCGAAGUGAUGGAUCCGGUGGAGCGGAUUCGCCGGUUAUGCGAAACGGCCGCUUCCAUAAAUGUGGACAAUACGGUACCCAUCAAACGGUACUGGAGAUCGGGUAAAGAGUUGCUACGUAUGGCCAACAUAUAUCGCGAAGAACAAGCACUGGACAAAUCGUUUAUACUAUACAUGAAAUAUAUUACGCUUUUUGUCGAGAAGAUACCGCAACACUUGGAGUACAAGUCGUGCGAACCAAACGAGAAGGCGUUAACCAAAACUAAUUGUAAGCAAAUCUUUCCCGUCGCCGAACAAUUGAAGAAACAGUUGACCGAAAAGUAUCAAAAUGAGUACGACUUGUUUGCGGAAGAAAAGAAGAGAAGAAAAUUAGAAAAUGAAAAACGAAAUGAAGAAAUGCGUCAACAGUUGCGGAAAAGACGUGAAGCCGACAAUGAGCGACAACUUCAGGAACUGGAGCUUAAGUUUCAGGAAAAGAAACAGAUUGUUGGCUCAAUAGUGGCCAACAGUGUGUUGCCAGCUGUGGUCGCUACAGAUAAUGAUUUGAUUCAUCCACUUAUUUGUAACAAAGCCGCCGAAGCCGUUACUGAUAUACCAACGGUCGACAGAUCGACGAAACCAUCACUUAUGCCUGUCUUUAGUGCUGCCGCCGAUGGUCUGACAAAAUUGGUUGUUCCCACAAAACUUAUCCAACGAUUCCUGCAAUCAGCCGAAGCUAAUACCAUACGAAACAUCGAGACCUGUGCCGUAUUAGCCGGUCGUCUGGCAAAAAAUGUAUUUACCAUAACUCACGCGUUUGUACCCAAACAGAAAGGAACGUCCGAUUCUUGUCAGACACUUAACGAAGAAGACCUGAUUAUCAUAACCGACAGUAAUCUUGUAUCGUUGGGUUGGAUCCAUACGCAUCCGACACAGAAUGCCUUUAUGUCGUCCAUUGAUUUGCAUACUCAUUGUCCCUAUCAAACACUAUUGCCCGAAGCAGUGGCCAUUGUAUGUGCGCCUAAAUUUGACGAAGUAGGUGUUUUCUCCUUAACCGAUCCAUACGGUGUCAGAUUGAUUAGCACCUGUACUCUGACCGGCUUUCAUCCACAUCCGACACAACCACCCAUUUAUGAACAGUCAUCACAUGUUAUGUUUGAUAAUAAUAACGAUAUCGAUGUAAUUGAUUUGAGAUAAUAAUAAUAAUAUAUAAUAGUAUUUUGUUACAUAUUUGUAUGUUUUUAAAAAAGUCA